AUGACCACUGACCCAUUUUACAGAGGGUGCAAUGAGGCUCAGAACGUGAUGUGGUUUGCCCAGCCACCGCUGCCGCUCCAGCUGCGGAAACCUGGGGGUGGGAGGAAAGGGGCGGCGGGUCCCGGGCUGCGGGCAGGGGGCGCCAGAGGACGCGCGGCCGGCAGCUGGCGGAGCGGGCAGGCGGGCAGCCUCGCGCCGCCCGGAGCCCCUCCCCCCGCGGGCACCAGCGCCGGGGGCCGCGCCGCACCGGCCGCCGCGCCGAGGACUUUCCCUCGGACCGCGCCGGGCGCCCGAGUGGCCGCCAACUUCACCGGCUGCCCCCGCCGCCCCAUCGCGCCGCCCGGGCUGCGGGAGGCACUCACCUGGGCGCCGUCAGCAGCAGGAGCGGGGGCCGGCGCGGUGGGGGGCGGCCACGGGGCGCAAGUUUGCCAUCCCUACGGCGGGGGCCGGGCCGGGCGCGGGGCAGCUGGCGGCAGCCGCGCCGAGGGCCGAGGCUCCCGCUCCGCGGGGCGGCGGGUGCAGAAGAGGCGCCGCGGAGCAGCGCGGGGCGGGCGGGCGCCGGGCCGGGCGCGGGCUCCUGCCGCCGCCUUCUCGCCGCGCCGCCCCCCACCCCCCGCGCCCGCUCCCCGCUCCCCCGCGCCGAGCACCGCCCGCGCCGAGCGCUGCCUCCUAUUCGCGGGCGGCGGCCGCAGCCCCGGACUCGCGAAGCCGGCGCCGCAUCCUCGUCCUCGGGCUCCGAGCACUGCCGCCGCCGCCGCCGCCGAACCGGGCUCCUCGGGCCGCUCCGGCCGCUGCCCGCAGCGCGCGCCGGCCCGAGUGACGGCCGAGGCGGGACGCGGCGCCUGCGCGGGCCGGGCCCGGGAGGGGGCGCGCGCCGAGCUGGGCGCGAGGAGCCGCGGGAGAAGGGGUGGGGGGCGGGGGCGAUGCGCGCCGCCUCCUGUUAAAGGGGGAGCAGCGCCAGCCGAGCCGGGCGCAUCCUCCCCCUCCCCAUCCUGGGCCCCGGGCGCCGGCGCGGGAGAAGCCCCGGUCUUGCCCGGACCCUUUGCUCUGAGCCUACCUCUGGACCCUCUGGAUGCCAUCUUGUGUCUGAGGCCCUCCCCAGACCAGAGCCUCAAAGGGAAUCGGACCCGAGCAGCAGGCUGUGCCCUGGAGAACUGA